AUGGCUGCCUCAGAGCGCGAACCCAUUGCCGUUGUUGGGAUUGGCUGUCGCUUUCCUGGGGGUGUUUCAACCGCCAUGGAAUUUUGGGAGGCGCUACAGCAAGGCAUCGAUGCUAUUGGAGAUAUUCCGAAAGACCGGUUUGACUCGAGCUCGUUCCACGAUAAGGACCCCCAGAAGUACGGGACAAUCAGGAACUGCAAGGGUGGCUUUUUGGACGACAUCAAAUCAUUUGAUGCUGAUUUCUUCGGUUACUUUCCGGCUGAAGCAUCCAGGAUCGACCCACAACAGCGCCUCGCCCUGGAAGCAAGUGUCCAUGCACUGCAAGACUCUGGUACCCCUCUUGAAAAGGUGGCCGGUUCACGGACGAGCGUUUUUCUCGGUACCUUCAUGUAUGAUCACCUCAGCAUACAGACAGCCACUGAGCAGCGGGACAAUAUCAGUCCCCACGUGGCUCUGGGAUCUAUGAUAUGGGCAACAGCAAAUCGAGUAUCUCAUCGCCUGAACUUGCAGGGCCCAAGCAUUACACUGGACACUGCCUGUUCCAGCAGCUUGUCAGCAUUGCAUCUCGCGUGCCAGAGCAUCUGGACAGGGGAGAGUGAGGGAGCUCUAGCUGGCGGGGUUAAUGCUAUUCUUCGACCGGAAGCAACGAUCAUGCUAUCAAAGUCAGGGUUUCUGUCCCCAGACGGUACAUGCAAACCAUUCGAUGCGUCGGCAAAUGGCUAUGUUCGCAGCGAGGGCGUCGGAAUCGUGUAUCUGAAGCCUCUCAAAACAGCAAUCCAGGACAAAGACAGAAUCUACGCAUGCAUUCGCGGCUCACUUGUUAACCAGGAUGGAUACACAGCGGAUGGUUUUACUGUCCCAAGCUUGGCUGCACAGGCAACGUUAUUGGAGACGGUCUACACACAAUCCAACAUAGACCCCACCAAGGUCCAGUAUAUUGAAGCCCACGGACCCGGCACCCUCGUUGGGGAUCCGGUCGAAGCAAAUGCCCUAGGGAAACAACUUGGACAAAAGCGUUCCGACAAACAAGAGUCCCUUUGGAUAGGGUCGGUUAAAGGGAACUAUGGCCAUCUUGAGGGGGCUGCUGGGAUUAUUGGUUUCAUCAAGGCUUCUCUCGUCGCGUUCUAUGGCGAGAUUCCCCCACAAGCCAACAACACAACUUUGAAUCCUUCUAUCGACUUCAAGUCGCUACGACUUGCAAUAUCGAGGAAGAAAAUCAGAUUGCCACGUAAUCAAGGACAAAAGAUAUUUGCCGGCGUCAACUCCUUUGGUGCGGGAGGUGCCAAUGCACAUGUCAUACUCGAAGAAGCACCAAAUGAUAUCGGCACUGGUGCUGGAAAGUCUCACCGCAGGCCACGCGUUUUUAACCUAUCUGCAAGGUCGCAUACUGCAUUAGCGCAUACUGCCCGAGAUUUGGCUUCCGUCCUGCGCCUACGCAAACAUUCCCUCGAGGAUGUCGCAUACACCCUGAACAUGCGCCGGGACAAGCAUGCGGAAUUUUCAGUCAUUCCGGCGCAGGGAUUGCACGAGCUGUGUUCCCGACUUGAUCAGGUCGGUUCCCAGCAAACUUCCAAAAAUAUCUUGACGCUGCAGAAGCAACCAGGCAUAUCCUGUCCUAAAGUCGCUUUCGUGUUUUCUGGUCAAGGUGGCCAGUGGCUUGGGAUGGGAAUGCGGCUUGCGUAUCAAGAACCUACUUUCCGUGAACAUCUAGCCGCCUUUGACAAUAUUUUCGCCUCUCUUGCGCAAUUCUCAAUCAUUGAAGAGAUUUUUGGGCAACCAGAUGACUCCAAGCUCAGCAAAACCACGAUUGCGCAGCCGGCAAUAGCAGCAAUACAGAUCGCAUUGGCGAGGACGCUUAUCUCUUAUGGUAUCAAACCAGAGGGCUGCGUAGGGCACUCCAUUGGUGAGAUUGCUGCCGCCCAUAUAUGCGGCGCACUAAGCCUAGAAGACGCUGUUAAUGUGAUAUACUUUCGGUCCCAGAUUCAGAGCAAGGCCGCUGGGGCUGGGUCGAUGCUGGCUACAGGACUGUCGGCCAAAGAAGCUGAUAGUCUAAUACAGCGCUUGCAUGCUGGCGUUGGUGUGGAGAUUGCGGCCCUAAAUGGCCCUAAAACGACCACUUUAACGGGAGAUAUAGAGAGCCUCGAGCAUGUCGCCAGAGAACUCGAGAGGCGCGAUGUGUUUGCUCGAUUUGUCAAGGUAGACACUCCAUACCACAGUCGCUUCAUGGACGCCCUGGAAGGCGAAAUAAUGGAGGCCCUGUCGCCGAUUCAAGGAACCCAAACUGAAAUAAAUCUGCACUUGAGUGCGACAGAUCGAAUGAUUGAAGAUGUUCUUCUAUCUGUCUAUCUGCUUCCAGGCAUGCUCCGCGGUAACGAUGUUGAGCCCAUUUCACGCGUCAUAGGUGCCACUCACGCGGUCGGUAUUGCUCACUAUUGGUUCGAGGAUCCAGAAGCCCAGCAGAGUCGUGUUGCAGACCUGACCGAUGAUGAACAUGGUGUAUUACGACUUCAAUUGAGCACCGGUGUUUCACCGUUUUUAAGUGACCAUGUGGUUAACGGAUCAAUUAGAAUCUGGUUGGAAGAUCUUCGAUUUGAACUCCCCGUUAUCAUCUCUCGACGGGCCAAUGCACCCCCAACGGCUGCUUGGCAUGUAUGUUCCCGAGAGGCAGAGGCUUUAGACUCUAUGAACACGGAUGCGUUUUAUCAAGGGCUCGAAGAAUCAGGCUUCCGGUACGGCGAAGCAUUCAGAUGUCUCUUCUCUUUUGUCGAGCUUCCACCUUCCUUGGUCGAGGAAACAUCGCGAUUUACCUUUCAUCCUGCACUUUUGGAUGCUUGUGUUCACACCGUAUACGCUUACCAGCAUCACGUCGGCAAUCCUCACAAUAUUACGAAUGACUAUCCUCUCACAUCUGUCUUCGCACAUAUCCGGGUAUAUCAGCUCGACGAUCUUCUUCAAACCAAAACUUUAACACAGCUCAAAGAGCACCGUAGGGAGGAAGCUGAUUUUGAGAAUGUCUUAAUCCUUGACCCACCAGGCAGCCUGCUGGACUGGCUACUACCUACUGUUCAAAGCGCAUUUCCCCGUUCGCGCAUCUAUGAAAAGGCAUCCGAAUGGGGAUUCAAUCUGGACCGACGGACACUUCUCGUCGUCCCGGCGUUGCUGCCAGGUGGCUUUUAUACGCAAUGCAACCCUUUCUCCUCCUCUGUAGAAGCAGCCACACGUGUGAUGGUGAACGAGUUUCCGCAUCCCACAGAGCUGCAAACUCUUCGAUUCGUUCCUGUGGAUGUUGAGAAGGAAGAAAAGCUGAACCUGAGGUCACUUCCAGCAAGAGGAGGAAGGCAGCACUACAAGGACGUCUUGAAUGCCAUGGGAUCGCUGAGCAAUAGAGCCACCUCUGAUGAGAUUGGCAAGAAUGUGAACGAUAUUGACCGUGGUGCUCUGGUCAUGGCCCGAGUUUCUAACGGCAUCUCUGCUUGUGUGCUGGUCAGAGAAAGCAUUCUGAUCCAUUCAGGAGCCGGUGGUCACGUUGGUGCUCGUGUGUAUGCAACAGCUGGGAGUCCUGCGCGUCGAGCCUGGGUGUCGGAUAUGGGAGCUGAAGCAGUCUUCGACUCCCGCUCUUUGACAUUCCAUGACGAGAUCAAGCUAGCGACCCAGGGCCGGGGUGUCGACAUUGUUUUGAAUUGUUUGCCAGGAGCUAUGUUCUCACAAUCUAUGGCAUGCCUUUCUCCGUUCGGGCGCUUUCUGGAAAUUGGAAAGACAGAAAUCUAUCGGAACACAAAGCUUGGCUUGGAGAAACUUGGUCAAAACUGUGCCUUCUUCGCCGUCGACAUUGAUAGAUUGGCGGCACAGAAACCAAAUUUACACCGGCAAAUCGUGGGAGAGGUAUGCAAACUUCUUGGUCAUGGUAUAUUGUUAUCCAUGGCCCUAAAGCGACUAUCUCGGUCUUCUGUGAUGGGCAAGGCAGCAGUGGAAAUGCCGUCCGGUGUUAGCAUUGAAGCAAUGCCUCCAAAGCACUUGAAGUUAGAUGGAACUAGAUCCUACCUAAUAACCGGUGGUACAAGUGGGCUAGGACUACAAUUAGCCAAAUUACUGGUUGAGCGAGGAGCGAAACAUCUCGUGCUCGUCAGCAGGACAGGACCAAAGACUCCCGAGGAUCAUGCUCUCAUACUAAAUUUGCGAUAUAAAGGGGUCUCGGUUUACAUUGAGACUGGAGAUAUUUCCAACAUCGAAGCAGCUGAAUCUCUUUUUCACCAGCACAAAUCAUGGCCAUCGAUUGCAGGUGUUAUACACUCUGCCGGUGUACUGGGCACUAUCUCCGCCCACGACGUCACACCGGACAGCUUCCGAACCGUUUUUGCCCCCAAGGCCCUGGGAGCAUGGAAUCUCCAUCAGACAACCCAAGGGCUAAAUCUUGACUUCUUUGUCCUGGUAUCGUCCGUUUCCAGUAUCCUGGGGGUGGCAGGACAGCUGAGUUAUGCAGCGGCAAACCAAUUCCUUGACGGGUUGGCACAACAUCGCCAGGCAUCCGGCUUGCCCGGCACUUCACUCAACCUCGGGGUUCUGGGAGAAUAUGCGGGCAUGUCACGUACCUCUCAGAGUAAUAAUCGCGUGGUCCAGCUCGCUGAGUCGGAAGGCCUGUCCACCACAGAUCUUCCGACGGUCUUCUCUGCGCUGGAACGUGCUCUCCUUCACAGUACCUCUCAAACCAUGAUUUCUAGUAUUGACUGGUCAAUGUUCCUCAAAGCCUAUCCCCACCUAGCCUAUGACGGGGCUUAUCUUGGGCUAGAUAAGCAGCAGGAAGCAGACAAAAACGACGAAUCCCAAGUGUUUUCAUCUCGACUGUCGGGUCCAGAGAGAGAGCAGGCUAUCAGAGACACGCUACAGGCUGGACUGGCCAAGAUAUUAGGAGUAGAUACCAGUCGGAUAUCUCCAACAGAAAAGAUUGAUCAAUAUUCUCUCGAUUCCAUGACUCUCACCCAGUUGCGAGGGUUGAUCUUACGGGAGUUCAGAACCCCGUACCCUCUCAUAAGGCUUUUCGAGGGACCGAGUCUGCAAGAGGUUGCCGCAGAGUUGAAUGGGACAUCUCACGAUACACAAUCAGCAGACAAGGAUUCCACCAAUAUCGGGAACGAUCAAUUGGGGCCCAUGUCUGAUGAUGGGCUGAUCAAGAUUUCGCCCUGGUUUGUUCGGGGUAGUUCUGUCAACGCCCACUGUCCCCGUCUAUUGUGUGUUCAUUCUAUGGGAGCCGCGGCAACACUUUUUGCUUCCGUCUUAUCAAACCCGCCGGAUGGGCUUGAUCCUAUCGCAAUGCAGCUUCCUGGUCGUGCAACUCGCUCUGACGAGCCUCCAGCAUCCAGCAUACCAGAGGUCGUGUCCGGCACCCUGAGCGACAUGGAGAAUGUAGUCGGCUACCCCGCCAUCAUCUGGGGACAUUCAUUUGGAGGAAUCAUUGCAUUUGAGAUGAUUCGUGCCCUGCGACACCAGGGUAAACCUUUGCCGCAGCUUCUUGUCACCGGCACAAUUGCUCCAAGCCUUAUCAGUAUUUGGCAAAAGCGAGAUAUCCUGGUUGAGGUUGUUCGGGAAGACAUCAGCCCCGAUUACUGGAUGUCUGUGGCACGGUACGUCGAUGAUGUGGACUACCUGCGUUCUAUUAUGCCCUUGAUGAGACAAGACGGGCCUUUACUACUCAAGUAUCAGUUCCAUGAGGAAGCUCCGUUGAAUAUACCUAUCACAGCGUUUACUGCGCGUCAGGAUGAUUUGGUGUAUGUGGAGGAGAUCUCCGCCUGGAAAAAAGAAACGAAGAAUUUCCGUCUGGUGGAAGUGGACGGUGAUCACUGGUUUUUGUAUCGAAACCGUGUGCUACUGAGGGAGACGCUGACGGCCAUGGCUUGCGACAUUGGCAAGAGCGACCUAGAAAACUAA